CUGACUUUGCACUUGAUCGGCCGACAGCCCACAUCGUGGCAUGGCGAACCUCUGGGAACUCGGUGGCGGCGCGCGGGCGACCGAUACGAUCGCGCUCUCGGACGAAGAAGUCGCGCUUCUCUGCGAGAUUGUCGUUGCCACACCAACCGUCGACGUCGCCGCUGUCAUCAGCGCCCGCGAAGAACGCCUGCGCAAAGACCGGCUGCGCAAGCGGCGAAGCAAAGAGCGCAGCCAGCUCGAGCUCGAGCAGCUCAAGGACCACGUGACCGACCUCGAGCGCACGCUGAGCCGAAAGCGCAAGGGUGGGCGAGACUGCAACAACGGCAUGUCGUGGCAGGACGCGGCUGCGACCGCCAAGGCCGAUGCAAACACGGCCCUCAAGGUCCAGAAGCGGCUCCAGCACGAGCUCGUCGAGCAGCUCGAGAGAGCUGUGUCCUACUUGUCGUGGCUGCCCUCGACAUCGCCGCGCGAGAUGGCCAUCCACCCCAAGACCCAGCCGUGGAUGCUGCAUACCCUCCAGCGCGACCCGAAGGCGCGAGCCCACGCCGCCCAGGCCAUGAUGGAGCACCAGCAGCGUCUCUUCACACCAAGCAUGUACGGCAAGCUGCCCACGUCGCCGGCUGGCGGUCCCUUCAGCCUCGUGCUAGCCGACCACGAGGGUCGCCAUCCUACAUGGGACAAUAUUGCGUACUUGGAAAUGGCCAAGUUUGGUCGGCUCCGCGCGCCAUUCCGCCAAGUCGCCAUGGCGUUUUGGUCCAUGGUCACCAAACCGUCGUUGACGCGGCAGAUGACCAACUUUGGCAACGACUUGGUGCUCGUGACGUCGCUCACGGCGGCGGGUGGCGCGGUCCGGCGGCAGGCCCUCGUCAAGCUCAUCCACGAAGAGCAGCGCGUCAUCUUCUUACAGCGCACCGUGUCGCAUGACGAAGCGAGCCCGAGCUACGACAACGACCUGCACGUGGCAGCGUUUUGGGUCUUUGAGGCCGAUCGCGACGGCGUUGCCCAUGUCCGGGGGUAUACGCAAGUAGGGCUCGACGAUGGCGACAGUGCUGCGUACACGACCUACAUGAACGAGAGCACGAUCAACAACGCGCGCCUCAACGCGCUCCUCAGCCAGUUUGACUGCCUUGUUCUAAACUAACAUGGUACCGACCAACGAAGCAUGUAUCAAUGUUUUAAUGUUUCAAUCUGGCGACAAACUGGUC